GCGCGCGUGGGACGCGGGCGGUUUGGCCGCGCGUGAGGCGCGCGGGUUGGCGCGACCCACGCAUCCCUUGCUUGCUUGCUUGCUUGACGAAAGCGCGAAGCAGAGCUACGGGACGGACCCCACGUCUGGAGGAAAUGGACCAUAAAUGUAAGGCUGUGGAGAGGAGAAAGACAUCUCAGAGUGCGAGAACGAGCAGUGUCAGUGGUGAAGAAAAGAAGAAGGGAAGAAGAUUACGGUGCUAUUAUGCUCUUCGUCUCCGAUCUUCCUCGCUCGAGCCUCUUCGCACCCUCGAAAGGCACGAUCUUUUCUUGUUCCUGUUCCCCCUUUGAUUGCUCAACCGUUUCGAUUUUGAUCUUUUCUUGGAGGGGAGUGGGGAAGGGAGCAAGAAUUGCAUGUGGGUUUUUGUUGCUUCUUGAGAUGUUUUGUUUUCUCGAUUGGGAGUUGGCGGUGAUUUGCCCCUCUAUUUCGUCUACUUGCUCGCGGGCUCUUCUUCCGAAGUUCAUUGUAUGUUUACAUCGGUACGCUUCUUCAGAUUGGGUCGAAGAAAUCGAUUUUGGUUUUUCAGUAUUAACCCGCUUUCCUUCCUUUUUCUUUCACGCUAUAAUGCAAUCUCUUUACUUCCUUGUGUUAUUUACAUGGUCGAACACAAAAUGUUCGACAUAUGAUGAUUUGGCAAGAUCGUAAUUGCGGUUGCUAGGUAUUCAAUUGCGCUUUUUCAUGGUUCCAGUGAUAUGUUGGGUGUGAGCCGUAUGAGCGAUUUUGGUAUCCCCGCGACGCUUUUUCUUUGGCAUGUUUAACCUUCUGGGCUUUGCCAAAAGCCUUUCUUUGGAUCAUUGGAUGGAUUUAGUCGGAGGUUGCUAGAUCACUUAAAGAUGUGUGGUUUGAUCAUAUUUUGUUGUAUAAUAUAUUAAAUUCUUAUGUUUGUGUUCUAUAUGUAUUCCGAUAUCUGAUCAUUGGUUUUAACGACUGUCUGUUCUACUUUUGUUAUUCUCUUGCUCUGUGUCACCUUAUUCAUAUAUGUAUUUCAGAAUGUGGUUAGGUAUUCUUUCUCCCAUUUGUGCAAUCAUCAUAGCUUUAUGCCUAUUAAUCUUUUGAUUUGCCAUUUUGACCUCACUUGAUGCCUAUUAUUUUCAGAGACUUUCACUUUUUUUAAUCUAUUCAGGUGUCAACAACAUAGACAAUGAUACUGAGAGUGUUCACUUUGUCCUGAAUUAGGAUGGUGGCUAUCAAAAUGUGAAUUCCAAGUAUUUUUUAGUUUUCACUUUGGUUAACUAUUACCACGAAAAUCAACUACCACUUGCUAUAUCAAUUACUUGAUAAUUAUUCCAUGAGUUGCAGAAUAAAUCAAAUCAUGGAUUCGUUCCAUUCCUCGUUCUUUCAGCCUAACUGAACAUGAGUUACCUAUGUGACCAAAAUGUAUCAUGGUUAUGAACUGCUGGAAGAUUGGAACUUGACUAGUCGAGAGAAAAUCUGAAAGUGAAAUCACUUGGUCCUUGGAUGUUUCUGCUUCUGUUUCUUGUCGUUCCGAACUUGGCUCAGUCCCAGAUACUCUUCCAGGGCUUCAACUGGGAGUCGUGGAGGCAACAAGGCGGUUGGUAUAACUUCUUGAAAGACAAAGUCUCUGAUAUAGCCAACGCUGGAGUCACCCACGUCUGGCUGCCUCCGCCCUCGCACUCUGUCGGCGUUCAAGGUUACAUGCCGGGGCGGCUCUACGACUUGGGUGCUUCCAAGUAUGGGAAUCAGGAUGAGUUGAAGGCGCUGAUCGGCGCUUUCCACGACAAGGGAGUCAAAUGCGUGGCCGACAUCGUCAUCAACCAUCGUUGCGCAGACAAGCAAGACGGGAGAGGCAUAUGGUGCAUCUUCGAAGGCGGAACCGAUGAUGCCCGCCUCGACUGGGGUCCACACAUGAUCUGUAGGGACGACACACAGUACUCCGACGGCACCGGCAACCUCGACACCGGCGAGGGCUUCGCGGCGGCUCCCGACAUCGACCACCUCAACACGCAGGUCCAGCGUGAGCUCACGGACUGGCUGAAUUGGCUCAAGACUGACAUCGGCUUCGACGGGUGGAGGCUUGACUUUGCCAAGGGUUACUCCUCAAGCAUCGCCAAGAUCUACGUCGAACAGACGCAGCCAAACUUCGUGGUGGCUGAGAUCUGGAAUUCAUUAGCUUACGGAAACGAUGGGAAGCCAGCAUACGAUCAGAACGGCAACCGCCAAGGGCUGGUUAAUUGGGUUCAGCAGGUCGGAGGCCCAGCGACGGCCUUCGAUUUCACCACAAAGGGAAUACUACAAGCUGCCGUGGAAGGUGAACUGUGGAGGAUGCGUGAUCCCCAGGGGAAGGCGCCCGGCAUGAUGGGGUGGUGGCCGGAGAAGGCUAUCACCUUCGUCGACAACCACGAUACCGGUUCGACGCAAAGGUUGUGGCCUUUUCCUUCUGAUAAGGUCAUGCAAGGCUACGCUUAUAUACUCACGCAUCCGGGAGUCCCUUCCAUCUUCUACGACCACAUGUUCGACUGGGGAUUGAAGGAGAAGAUAACUCGGUUGGCUAAAACCAGAACACGAAAUGGAAUUCAUUCGGGUAGCGCUCUCAACAUUCUGGCCUCUGAUGCUGACCUCUACAUGGCAAUGAUCGAUGGGAAGAUAUUGACAAAGCUAGGCUCGAGAUACGACGUGGGGAAUCUCGUUCCUUCCAACUUCCACGUCGUUGCCUCUGGCAAUGACUACUGCGUGUGGGAGAAGAGAUGAAGAUGAUGAUGAAUCAUGGAAGAGACUUUUCGCUUUCUCGUAUGUGUUGUAAGUAAGAAAAAAAUAUCGUGUUCCCACAUGUACAUUUAUCCAUCCUGCUUGAGAAAAGUUAUAGAAAUGCUAUUUUAUAUAA